AUGGCAAAGGUCGUCAAUAUACAAAAGAUCCAAAAUGCUAUCGGCUAUGUCUUCAAAUCCAACACCCUCGUAGAGGAGGCCCUCGAAUCGACUGGUCACGCGCGACUCGUCUCUGGUAAAGGAGAUGGCCACAGACGGUUGGCUUCAUUGGGAGAUAAAGUUCUGGGUCUGGUACAAAUUGAUCAGUGGUAUGGAACCCAGCAGACCAGAGGGAUCGCGGAUGUACUUCUUAAAGAUAAUGUAACCAAUCGAAGGCUACAAGAAUGCGCAGAUCAAUUAGGGAUUACGAGCGAAAUUCUUGUAGCACCAGAGCAAGCUUAUUUACAUCUUCAAGGUGGACAGAUAGGCAGGGUGACCUCGGCUUCGGCUGUAGAGGCUUUGUUGGGAGCGGUUUGGUUAGAUUCAAAUAGGGACUUCGAGCAGGUCAAAAAGGUUGUCUGCAAACUGGGGAUAAUGGAUAAUGAAUCGUAG